AUGUACAAUGACAAUAAUCUUCACUCGACAUACAUAAAAACAACUUCGAAAACCUCUUUUAUAGUAGUACAUUUAUUUCCAUUCACAUCUGUUACUUUAUCUGGGUUCACUCUUGAUCAAAAACUGAUAACACUAUUAUCGACCACUCACUUCUUUUAUAUAUAUAUAGGUCAACCUUCUGGUUUGAAUGCCGCUCGUAAGUUGCGCAACCAUCGUCGUGAACAACGAUGGGCUGACAAGCAAUACAAGAAGCGUGCCUUGGGUACUGCUUUCCGUUCCAAUCCUUUUGGUGGUGCUUCUCAUGCUAAGGGUAUUGUUCUUGAAAAGAUUGGUGUCGAAGCCAAACAACCUAACUCUGCUAUUCGUAAGUGUGUCCGUGUCCAAUUGAUCAAGAAUGGUAAGAAGGUUACUGCUUUCGUGCCCAAUGAUGGUUGUUUGAACUAUGUCGACGAAAACGAUGAAGUCUUGAUUGCUGGUUUUGGUCGUAAGGGUCGUGCUAUUGGUGAUAUUCCUGGUGUCCGUUUCAAGGUAGUCAAGGUCGCUGGUGUUGCUCUCAUUGCCUUGUACAAGGAAAAGAAGGAAAAGCCUAGAUCUUAA